AUGGGAAUCUCCAAUGAAAGGAGUGAACAGCAAGUGGUCCCCCCGAAACCCCCUGGUGUACGUAAACCUCCUCGUGCCGCUCCUACAGUUGGCAAGGUGAAAAAGUUGCUCAAGAAAUGUCUCAAGGAAGGCAACUUCACGCCCUUGCCAAGCGUAUUUGCGCUUCUCAAGUCAGGCAUUGUCACUGCUGAUAGUCUUUGCUUCGACUUGUUGGAGGCUUGUUGCAUAAGUUCAGGAAAGAAAGACAUCCUUCCAGAGAUUAGGCAAUCACGGCAAACACUCUUGAAAGCACCAGAAAGAAACCCUGAAGAUAUUCCCGCGGAAGAAAAUGAUGUCGAUAAAAAGGAGUCGAAGAAAAAACUGUUGAACGAACAGCGCGUAGACGAAGAUGAUGAGGCCGUUGCAGCUGUCAAGGAAGAUCCAAUAGACUGGUUAUCAAAGUUGCAAUCCAUUAUAAGCAAGCCAGAAGGUGUAUACGAAUUGUUUGUAUCCAAAAUCCGCUCUCGCCCCAAAUUUGCUAUUGAAGCAGAUAAUUUGCGAAACGUGCUUCACGUCCGAAUCUCAGUAACAUUAGAUGUUUCGCAGAAAAUGCGGCGACUUUUUGGAGAUCUAGUUACCGGAGUCGGAAGCUGUCGGUAUGGGCCCACGGAUGACACACAUCAAGGGAGCAAAGUAUACAUAAGUGCAACAAAACAGGCAGCGAAGGAGUGUUUUCAUACCCUGCAAAAGAUGGGAAGGGACGUGACGAAGAAUGCUGCAGAAACGCUGCAGGCGAGCCUUUCAAGUUACUGCGACGUUUGGCGAACAGCUGAUUUCAGCAAAUCUUGCACGGUGGCAUACCGACGAGCGAAGCAACUAGUGAUUAGCGAUCACGAUGCCGGUUUGUAUGGAGCAAAAGUGUUUAUGUAUGGUUCUGGGAGCGUCGGUCUCGCGCUCGGGAGUUCGGACGUUGACAUUGCCGUCAUACUGCCGGGUAAACCCGAUGCACUUGAUGGCAAGAAGAACGAGCCGCAAAAGAAUAGAAGGACAGAAGUGCUGGCGUUACUUCGGAGGUGUGCCGUGAAAGCCAAAAUGGAAACGGUUUGCCUCAUUGACUCUGCGAAGGUGCCUGUACUACGAUACUGGGAUCCAGUAGCUCAAGCUGAUGUGGACAUAACUCUGAGCACCGAUAAUCCUAUCUUGCUUUCUCGUUUCAUGCGAUGUCACAUGCAGAGUGACGCUCGAGUUUGGGAACUCUGUAUGUGUAUCAAAUACUGGGCGAAGCAAAGAAAGGUGACAGGGGUUUUUCCUGAUGGGUUCAUCAAUUCGAUUGGAUGGACAAUUAUGGUCAUCUUCUUCCUGCACCACAUUGCAAGUCCUCGUGUUGGAUCAUUGUUCCGUGUCAAAGGAAAGGAAUCUAAUCACUGUGCGAUUGUAAAAGUCCCUUGGCUGUUGGGGUGCUUUCAAGCCAUGGGACAGAAGCAGACAACGUCUGUGUUAUUGAUGCGGUUCUUUCAGUUUUUUGGGUCUGAAUUUGAUUUCGUCAAAUUUGCUAUUUCCUUGAACUGCCACGCACUCUCUGAUGCGGAAGCGGCACGGAUCAACAUGAACUCACCAGUGUUUAUCGAACAUCCGUUGGUGCCGGGAACAAAUGUGGUGAAUCACGUGACAAAAAGUAGCCUAGAAAGAACCUUAACAGAAAUGCGGAGAGCUUGCUUCAUGUGCCUUACAGUUGGCGACGCGGAAACACUGUUCAAGGAGAGGAUUGGAGAUGCAUCGGACAGGACAGAAUUCUUUCGUGACUAAUUGAAAAAGUCCUGAUUUGCAUCAUAAUAUCCGUGACUGUUUUGCUCUUAUUACAAGUACCGUACGUAGAGCUAGAACAGCAGAAAUGUAUCAACUACAGCCAAGUGCGUCUCUCCCAGCGCCUGCAAUCAGCUUCAUCAUCCCCUGUGCCGCACACAUGACCUCCUUGUCCAAGAACAACGCACACCCUACCCAUGUUGCGGAGACGACUGGAGAGCGGCCAGUCAGCAUCUGAAAGUCGAUCUGGUAAGCAGCAAGGGGAGGGUGCAUCGCAGGACAGUCCUCUGCCGAAGACGCACGGGGGUGGACGAUCUGGUUCAUCUUCACCCGGGUCGCCGAAGAAGAAGAAAGCCAAGCCUGAAAUUUGAGGUCCUCUUGUUUUUUUUCCGACUUGUCGCUGAGUGAGUCCGCAGGCGUCCGUUUGAUAUGAGCGUAGACAUCAAGAUGCAUGUCAGAGUAUGAAUAGGAGCAUGCCACCGUUCGCGUUGGAAACAGAAGGCCUUUAUCGCGUCGCAAAUAUGUCUUCUGCACACGGCGAAGGAGAGUUGCCUCCGGCGCGCAGAGGCAAACGUUAUGCUUUUGGGUGUGCGUGUCAGAUAUGCGGGCUACUUUUCGUUAGUAAUGGCUGUGAAGAUAAACUGGAUCUAUAUUACUUCUCACAACUUUCUCACAACUAUGGCUUUUCAUUUACUAUCUUCAAUUGCUUGCAUGAUUUGGCAUAAUCAAGAACACUAUCUAGUUGUCCGCUAUAAUAUCUGUCACGGCUAUCCCGUACAGACUGCAAAUCUGACUUCCCCUCCUAAGAGCAUAUCUUUUCUUACCUUUCUGUAUGCUUUGGCUCUACUUAUUUCUUUCUGGA